UUUUUGUGUUUCAUCAUUAACAUAGAAAUCAUGCAUUCUGAAAUGGCAAUUACAGUUAGAGGAAAUGUGGAACCAUGUGGUAUUUUUGAGAGAAAUGUAUCACAGAUGCCAGUGUUUCUCUUUCUGUUCUCUCGCAGGGAGGAGCCUGUGCUAUUCAGAUGGUGGUUCAGGCUUAUAUUAUUAAAUAUUUGCUCUUCAACCAGCCAAUAAACUCAGAGUGCACAAUGCAAAGUAUGAUGACGGUAGCAGAGAAGGAACAGAGGAAGGCGCUGGCAGCCGCUCUAACUGACAUCUUGUGGACAGCUGGUGAGGAGCAGACAGCCACCGUCUGCUUGGUCAUGUCAGAGCGCUGUUUCACCCCCCACAUGGACUACAAACUGGACAACUUCACAGAGAGGUUGCAGCUUUUCACCUUUAAAAAUAAAGAUGAUGUUAAAUCAUUUAUAUGUGAGCACAUCCAAUGUUUUAAGGACGAAGGAAGCCAUGGAACCAUACUUUUUCUGUAUAGCCUUAUCUUCUCCAGGACUAUUGACAGGAUGUGGGCAGACUUCGACUGCACCACCACUCAUCUUUUGCAUGUGAGCUUGGGGAACUUUGUUUGUCGACAGGCUUUAUUAAACCUGUUGUUGACGGGCCGUGCGACCCCUCAUGUAUUCAACGGUACGUCCCUGAACGAUGAGCAAGACGAAGCACUCGCCCAGCCUCUCCACGGGGUCCUGACUCGCAGUCAUGUCGGAUAUCUGCUCUGGAACAGAGAACAAGUCCACCAUGCACAGCUCCCUCUGGUGGGCAGUAUGCUGAAAACCCCCAAGCUACCUAUCUGGGUGUGCAAUAUCAAUGGUACCUACAGUGUUUUGUUCAGCCCAAACCGUUUGCUGCUCUCUGACUGGAAGAUGGAGCAUCUUUUCCACCUUUACUUCUACAAUGGCCAACCAACUCAGCUCAACACAACAAUGCUCACUAUAGAUACACACUCCCAUCACUGGGAGGCUGAAAAUAAUGAUAUUCAAGGAGACCCAGAAAAAAAGUUUCCAUCUGUAGAGAUGACCAUUAGGACCAAGUGGGAGGGUUCUGGUAUAGACUGGAAUGGGACAGUGCCUUUUUUCUGAAGAGGUUUAUAGCAGGUCACCUGAUGUGUAGCAUACCUUUCCUGGCCUGUAAUAAAGAAUAUUUUAUUGGUUUUGA